AUGUCGGAGUAUUCUUUGGACUCUUUGGAGAACGUGGAAGCAGAUUCCUUGGAGGAACGCGUUUCUGACAAUGAUAGUGACAAUGGAUGUAAUCUGGUAGCAAUCAAAGAUAAAUUUGACAAGAACGCUUCGUUUUAUGUAAAUCCGAUACCACCGACAUCCACCCAAUUAAAAGGCUCAUGCCUGAACGGACGCGAUUCCGGGGAAGAAGAGAGUCUGCCAACCGGCCGUUUCGUCGACGAUGCUCCAGAUGAUACCACAACGACCGUACACGGCGGCAGGAAUCCGAUAAUUGCGAGCAGAAGAGGAUUCGCCCGACGAGGUCGACAGCAACAGGAAUGCCGCGCGACGCCAGCCGAGUCGUGGCUUUGCAUAAGAAAGAGCAACGACGCCGACGUUGCUGCGGUUGGACGCCGCGAGGAAGGCGGUGCGGAUCGUCGUUCUCGUCGUCGUUGUUGUCCUCGUGUUCGCACGUCGUCAGGAGCGACGACGGAGCAGCGUUCUCCAGGGAACGUGACGCGAAAUUCCAGACGCGGCAGCAGCGACGGGAUGAAAGCCGACAAGAGGCUGGACAACGUGCUCGUACCCUCCACGUGGUCCCGCAACCCCAUCGGGCCGCCCUCGUACUCGGAGCUUUAUCGUCGUAGACUCAGGGCUAUAAUUCCGGGGGGCGGCGUCGCGUGUCAAGUUGUCACGAUCAAGAAUUACAGGUGGAUUCACCGAAGGUACCGAAAAGGUCUCUCCCCAGGUACCACCUCGGCGUACCCGCGCAUCCGGUCUCCCGAGGGUUCCACCCUGUCGAUUUGCGGCGACAGCCAGCUCGAAGACCUCAGCCUGGACGAGGGUCACACGUCUUUGCCGGCGACCUCGCGGGACGACAGUAGCGAGUUCAGCUUCUAUCGUCGCUUCCUCGAGGCUCACAUCGACCAUGCUGAGAUCUUAGUGCGAUCCUGCGAAUUGCGAUCUUCUUGUGAAACGGUCGCCAAGUUUCCGGACAGCGUCUCGGAUAGCAAGCUGAAGAGGUCCGGAUACCGUCCGUACACCAUCGAGGAAUACAGGAGCCUGUCGGUGUCGAGGCCCGAUCGAUCUCUGGGUCCUGAUAAGGACGAGAUGCUAACUAAGAGAGAAUGGCUGAUGCGCCGGAGAUCGUACGGAGACUCGGUUAGCGCGCGCAAUCGCGAGCGGAUUCUGCAGCGAACGAGAGGACUUAAGGUACGAUUACCAGGCAUCCUUUUGAUGGAUCACCGAUUGCGGUUUGUCUUACGCAUGGCAGGCCAAAGUGUCCCGGUAACUUGGACGACUACGUCGUCACCUUGCAAGCUUUGCCAGACCACUGGUACGAUUACAUCGUCCGUCCGCUCGUUGUGUGUCACCGUUUCCUGCAAAUGUCAUAAAGACGUCGCGCAAUUAUUCGUGUAUCUCCGUAAUGGAGCGGAGAGGCUGAAGGAGAUGGUGCUCCAACGACAGCGACUCCAGGAUCACCGUCGAUGUCGGUUAACAUUGUCUUGUUCAUCGCAGGACCGUGAAAAGUCGAGGAUCCCCGAGAUGGAUGACGCAACGCAGGAGUGCCUCUCGAAACGUCCUACCGGAAGUUCGGCGAAAAGAGCCGCUGCGGCAGAAGCAUCGUCCUCCCGAAAGACCGGAUUGCUCGGGAACACGGCGAGUCCCGCGAGUUCGUCGCUCAUCUCGGGCGUCUCUCUCGAGGACCCGUACUUAAAGACGUUGCAGCAGCGUCAUUUGCGUGAGAGGGAAUUAGCGGAUCGAUUGAUGCGUCAAACAUUGAGCGUCUAAGAACGAGAACGAGUUUCUGGAUAACUGAAAUACAGAGUAGAAGCGCGGAGAGCAGUCGCAAAUGCAGUUUUGCGAAACUUGUUUUCACUCGUAUUAUUAUUCCGUUGGCGUAAUCGCGCGUUUCCGCAGCCGCUGAUCAGUAUUUCACGCGCAGUUUACUUUACCUCGUGUCAUCACGUGUCGGAAGUAACCGUCCUGUGGCCGGGACUCAUUUAAUACAAAAUUUAUCGAGACACAAGAAGGACUGCAGUUCAACGAGAUCAGACGCAGCCAGAAUCGUCUCUCGCGAAAUUCAGGAAGAUGAUGGAACGUUUGUCUCGUUCUCGCUCCACUCGACUCCUCGCACGCUUCGACAAACGUGUGCAUUUUGCAUCGCGUGGCUAAGCUCAAUUUGAAAAUGGUACUACUUUUAUGGUAUACGUUGUGUACGUGUGGGCGAGCUCGCUACGCGAAAUACUGCAAUAUAUCGACCCGUCCGUUUCCGCAGGCGGAUGGACGGGUUCGCCUCGCUUUCGUCUGCGUUGCGAUCCGAGAGAUUCCUUGCGAGAGUUGAGACCACCCCCGCGAAGAACUCUCGCCGCGCGCGCGUUUGUCGCACGCGCGCUCACAUUGUCGUGACGCGGCCGGGGUAAAUUCGUGUGCGCGGUGGAGGUCGACGGAAUAUCCGUAAAUAAAUUGCAGCCGCGUACUCGGGAGAUUAGUCCGGGGAUGAAAUAUUUAAACUUAAUUCCAUCCACAUAAAUAAUUCGCUCAAUGUUAUCCGGGGAUGAGAUAUGUGUGUGUGUCGUACGCCCGCCAUAUCGUUACCCCCUUGAUGCCGCGACGAGAGGAAGUCGCAACGGCGGCACAUACGGAUGUAAAUGCGACUUCGUGUAUGCGAGAGUCACGAAAUGGUUCUGAACUCCAGACCGUCCUGAUAAAUUAUUAUUGCACCUGAAACUUUGAAGCGAAGUCGUCGCAAAAGCGGAAAGCGGUUGACCCGACGACAAACUGAUUUUUGCAUCACGCCUCGUAACGGCGAGCUAAUAAAAACGAGAGUUCUGUUCCGUCCUUCGACAAAUUUAUUUCUCAAGCUUAAAUAGUAACGCGACGGAAACUGCGAAGCGCACGCGAGAUACUCUACGAUGUCAGGGUAGCGUUUUUAUCGGUUAUGAUCCACGACGUUUUCAUGCAUCGCGAGUACAACUUAAGGAUCCGGAAAAUCAGCGACCGUAAAGUUCGUUGUUGCGCGCCACCCCCUAAAUGCGUAAGUACGCUGCAGUCGACGGGAUGGUUUCCUAGCGCCAGGAUCACGGCUAAAUCCGUUAUUACGCAUCCGUAAUCAAGCAAUCAUCAUCAACGUUCCCGAACAAUGUAUCGCUCGCGGCUGAAAUUACUUUCGCGAAUUCACGGUACAGCAGCAAGCAACAUGGGAUGCAUGGCGUUACACGUUUAUCUGCAAGCGUUCCAUCAUUCUUCUUCGUUUCACCAGAAAUGUGUUGAUUCCGUUCUCGAGUUACAAUUGUUUUUGCAUAUUAAUAAAUCUCGAAUUUUCA